AAAUACUUAACAAUAGCAAUAUUACAUAGCUAGCCAGCUACCCCACCCGGCCUUACUUUCAAUCCUUACGUUAAUACUUUCGUCUAUUUGGUACAUGUCUGAAUUCCAGAAUCAUUUUUGUAUAUGUGCACACAUCCAUGACAUAAACUGACUUAUUUAUUUAUUCUUGUUGAUGAUUUGUCACUAUUGUUUUUAGUAUUCAUAAUUUGCAAAGUUUGAGAGUGAGUGAGUAAUACUUAAGAACAUUAUCGUUACCUCAGUGCAAGUAAAGAAUACAAAUUUGGCUAAACCAGGAAUACGGUUAUUAAGACACGCAUUUGGUAAUUUGCUUGCAAAUUGGGACCAAUUGAGGUUGACACAUGCGGUCAAACUGCAUAAAGAUAUGCAAAGUGAGAAGGUGGCAGUUUUUUUUGUGGACAAGUUUUAAAAUAAGGUUGUCACUUUGAAUAACUUGGUGGUCACAGACGGAGAUAAUUAACUCGAGUGGAAAGUUUUCUUAAAAAAGAAGCUCAAACAUACAUAGAGACUGAUGGAACAAUUCCGGGUAGAUUAUGGUCGUGGGGGUGGUGGGAGUAGUAUGGGGGGAGCAUUUAACAAAGGAACUUACGCCAUGGACGACUACAUGGGGUCAGCGUAUUAUAAAAAGCGUCACAUGGCUGGAACCGUGGGUGUGGCCGUAUUCACGUUGACAGCCAUUUUAAUCUUGGUGGCGUUUGUGACUCCAUAUUGGCUGGAGAGUGAUAGGCGCAUCGUGGGGGCCAAGUUUGAAAAGUUGGGGUUGUGGUCACAUUGUUUUAGAUCACUGAGUGAUCCAAAUGACCAGUAUUUGAACCGCUUUUUUACCGGGUGUCGCUGGAUAUUUGACCCAUUUACGACGGGAUAUCAAGAAAUUAGAAGUUUUUUGGUGCCCCCGUUCUUUGUGGCAGUGCAGUUUUUCUUCACCAUGUGUUUCAUCUUCCUUCUGAUAUCGAUUGUACUGGUGCCCAUGUACAUUUUAUGCUUUGGUCCUGAUCAUGACUAUUUUAUCAUGCUGGUUCGACUCAUCGGAAUUGUCCUGUUGGCUUCGGCAUUUCUGGGUUCGAUCGCCGUCAUCGUUUUCGGAGCCAUGGGGGACAGCCGAGCUUGGAUGCCCGACUGGCAAAAUAAUUACCUCUCUUGGUCCUUCGCCUUUGCGGUGAUUGGCGUUUUUGGGGAGUACGUGGCAGGAAUUUUGUUUCUGGUUGAGGCCAGAAUUCAAGGCAAGCAGAGGAAGAUGCGCGAAUCUCAUUCGGCCUACACGAUGGAAACUAAGGCGUGACAACUAAGGGAAGCUCUAGAUGAAAUCACGACAGCCACUCCCACGGAUACCCUUCUCUCUGAAAAUGACCCACCUCGGGUCAGAAUUCACCCAUCAGUCACAGAAAUUUAGACAUUAUGUAAAACAAAUCACUCAUAAAUGGAGAUCUUUUUAUACCCUUUUCCACAUUACAAUUACAUAUUUGAUACGAGGAAUAUCUCAAAACAAAAAGUUAAGUAAUUCAUGCUUUCAUCAAUUUGAUUCCGUUUUAGCAUUGCUGACAUUAAUCUCGUUCUCAUUUCUUGUGCGGAUUUGUUGCCGCAAAUAUACUGCCAAUAUUAUGAUUAUGUAUGUAUUAAUUAUCAAUAGACUUUCUCCGAGGGGUUAUUUAGCCAGCCACAAAUACUUACAAUUAAAGCUAUCAAUAAAUGACAAUGAAUUUCCAUCCGAGUACAAAUUCAGUACAGAAUCGGUAUGCGAUUGGUGUUGGUUGUGUCGAGGGAGACGACAAUCUAGAGCAAAACCUGAUGCUACAAAUUUGUCAUCGUCAUGUGGAAUGUCCCCACGAAUUUACAUAAUUUUUACAUUUUUUUUUACUUUUCAAGUACUUUAAAGACAAACUGAAUUAUGAGAAGAAUCACUUUCAAGCCAACCUACUAACCAUGUCAUGUACCGGCAGAAGUAGUAGUGGUCUUAUGCUAUGAGUUUUAGUUAAUGGCCAUAUUUGCAGCAGAAUACAAAUUAAUACUUAAUUUUUAGUUGACUCUUAUAAUUUAAGUUGUGUGUAAUUAGAUAUUUUACACGCAUGCCACACCACCACCACCACCAAACUUCUACCCUUUGCACUAUAGACUGCCUCAUGAAUUGAUGAGAUGAAUAUUGUGGGUAUUUAAUUAGUACUUAAUUUCAGGGUUGUUUCGCACCUCAAGUUGUAAAGUGGGUAGAAUUUGUUAUGUUAAAUAUGAGAAAAUAAUAUAUUAUGUAUGUACAUGACAGUCAAGUACCAGGAAGGGAAGGCUAAAUUAAGCUAUGCUUUAAUGUAAUGAGUGUCAAUUAACAAUUACAUCAGAGUACUUUUUUGUUUGUUUUUCGUAUAAAAUAAUGCUUUAAUUUUAGUUAACAUUCAUCAACCCGUGAAGAAAAAGUUUUACAUAUUUUGCUUACUUGUGGAAAUAAAGAACUUAUUUGUUACAUAAA